UUUUCUUUGCAGGCAGCACUUUGAAUCUGAAUUUUAGGAAUGUCUGAUUUUACGCGCCACCCCUUCUUUCUUUGGUAUCAUCCAUCAUGGCGGGUGAGCUGCGUUUUGAUGGUCGAGUCGUUCUCAUCACGGGCGCCGGGAACGGCAUUGGUAGAGACUAUGCUCUCGCCUUUGCAGAGAGGGGCGCUUCUGUUGUUGUGAAUGACCUAGGAGGAAGCUUCACAGGGGAGGGUGCGAGUUCCCGCCCAGCUGAUGUGGUGGUGGAAGAGAUCAAGGCAAAGGGAGGGAAGGCCGUGGCCAACUAUGACUCCGUGGAGGAUGGGGCCAAGGUGGUGCAGACUGCUCUGGACCAUUUUGGUAGAAUUGAUGUAGUGAUCAACAAUGCAGGUAUCCUUCGUGACAAGUCAUUUGCAAGGAUCAGUGACACAGACUGGGACUUGAUCCACAGAGUCCACCUGAGAGGGUCCUUCAUGGUGACCAGGGCUGCCUGGGAGCACAUGAAGAAACAGAAAUUUGGCAGGAUCAUCAUGACAACCUCCAGCUCUGGUAUCUAUGGUAACUUUGGUCAGGCCAACUACAGUGCAGCAAAGCUUGGCCUUCUUGGGCUUGCCAACACCCUGAGAGGUGCUGGACAUGCUGAACCCGAGCUACAUCGCCCCACUGGUGAUGUACCUGUGCCACGAGAGUUGUCAGGAGAAUGGAGGCCUGUUUGAAGUGGGAGGGGGGUGGAUCUCAAAGUUGAGAUGGCAGAGGACCCAGGGUGCCAUGGUGGGCAGGCCUAACAAGACCAUGACUCCAGAGGAUGAUAGCAUGAAGGAGAUAAUGGCAAAUAUGCAGCGGGUCGGCAUUCCAACUGUCCGCAGGACCGACACUGCAGGGAAGACCACCACAAGGGAUGUGGAGGCAGCUUUGAAACAUACACCGGAGCCAAAUGUCUUUACUUACGAUCACAGGGAUGUCAUACUGUAUGCACUUGGAGCGGGCAUGUCAACCCAGGACCCCGACCACCUCAAGUUCCUGUUUGAGCUGAACGAGGACUUCUGCACCCUCCCAACAUACGGUGUUAUCUCAGCCUUCAACAGCUCUGGUGGGGCCUUCAGGGGAAAUCCAGGUCUCAAUAUUGAUUUCACCAAGGUCCUACAUGGAGAACAGUACUUGGAACUCUACAAGCCUAUGCCAACCAAGGCUACAUUGAAGAACCAAGCAAAGAUAGUGGACAUUCUGGACAAGGGAUCUGGUAUGCUUAUCCUUGUGGAUGUGACUACCAGAGACGAGCAGGGGGAUCUUGUUGCAUAUAACCAGUUCUCCACAUUUGUUGUUGGUGCUGGGGGAUUCAAUGGCAAGCGAGUUUCAGACAAGGCCAAGAACACCGUACCUGCUCCCAAGAGGGCCCCAGAUGCAUCUGUCCAGCAGAAGACUUCUAUAGAUCAGGCUGCUCUGUACCGCCUGAGUGGAGACUACAACCCUCUCCAUAUUGACCCAACCUUUGCAGCUAUGGGAGGAUUCAAGAAGCCCAUCCUCCAUGGUCUGUGCAGCUUUGGCAUUGCUGCCCGCCAUGUUCUCAAGACUUACGCCAACAACGAUGUCACCAAGUUCAAGGCCAUCAAGGUGAGGUUCGCUAAGCCCGUGAUCCCAGGACAGACCCUGCAGACUGACAUGUGGAAGGAAGGCAGCAGGGUGCACCUGCAGGUGAAGGUGGUGGAGACAGGGGACAUCGCGCUCAACGGGGCUUACGUGGAUCUGGUGGAGGGGGCUGGGUCUGCUCCUCAGGCUGGCCAGGUGAGUGCUGGCCCCGGCCUGCCAAGUGAUGCUGUUUUUGGCCAGAUGGCCCAGCAGCUGACCCCUGACCUCGUGAAGAAGGUCAACGCUAUUUUCCAGUGGAACAUCACCAAGAACAAGAAGCAGGCUGCCCAGUGGACUGUAGACCUGAAGACAGGCAGUGGUUCGGUGUACAAGGGAACCCCCAAACAGGGAAAACCAGACACCACUAUCACCAUGUCUGAUGAAGACUUUGUAGCCCUGGUGUCAGGGAAGCUCAAUGGACAAACGGCUUUCUUCCAGGGGAAACUGAAGAUCACAGGGAACAUGAUGCUGAUGACCAAGCUGGAGGGGCUGUUCAAGGGCCAGCAGGCACAACAGCCCGCUGGCCCCGCCCUGCUGAGUGACCCAGUGUUUGAUGAGCUGGGCAGGAGGCUUCCCUCCGCCGGCGCCGCCAUACGGAAGGUCAAGGCUAUCUUCUUGUGGAACAUCACAAAGGACAAGAAACAGGCUGCCCAGUGGACUAUUGAUCUGAAGACUGGCAGUGGUUCUGUGUACAAGGGAACACCCAAGCAGGGGAAGCCAGACACCACCAUCACCAUCGCAGAUCAGGACUUUGUGGACCUGGCGUUCUUCCAGGGGAAACUUAAGAUCACUGGGAACUUGAUGCUGAUGACAAAGCUGGAUGGUCUCUUCAAGGAACAGGCUUCAAAACUGUGAAGCAUUCUGGGAAUGUCUUCAUGCACCAUGGGUCAUAAGUUGUAAUUACUUCAUGUUUAAUCAAAGUUUCACCACAUUAUCAAUCAUCUUUUGUGAUACAUAAUGUAAUAAUGUACUGAUUAUGAUUUUAUUUCUUCAGUUCUAAAUGAGUUCACCAUACAUGCGACACCUUUGUUGGUUGAUGUGGAAAUAUUGUGUCAGAUCAUGUCUGAAGAUAAUGUUCAAGGAAAAUGUCAAUACUACAAUAGAUUCUACAUUUUACAUUUGUUAUCCUCACUUAAAAUGUUUAUUUGCCUAUAAGAAAGGUAGGAUGAUUACAAAAAUUGAUGAAACAUAAUACUGUGAUGUAUAUGGGUAGUUACACUAGGCAAUAAGACUGUGUAAUUGAUAAAAUUUACGGCAAGCUUAGGUAUGUUUGCUUUGUUAGAUCUACACUUUUCUUCUUGAACCAAAGUCACCAUAUCACCUUCAGCAUUUCCAUAUAGUUGUUUUUAGAGUUUUAAUCAACAUAUUGAUAUCUAGUCUUGAGCAAUUCAUUCAUUCAAAGAUUUAAUUACACCCAUUAUAGGAUUUCCUUUGUUGUUGUGUUGCAGCCUUCCUAUGCUGGCUCAAAACUUAUCACUUGCCAUUUCUUUGCAUAACUUGCAUGCCAAUUUUACAAAGAUUGUUCGAGUUAGUAGGUUGUCAGGAAUAUGAAAAGAUUAUUAAUGUUAAGAUUUUCCUGAGUCUGCUGAAAUUUUGUUGAAAAAGACAUGACUAUUUGUUGUGUUGAAUGGUGUAUAAUCUUUUUCAGCAUAUAUAUUGUCAAUACAGAUGAAAUUCUCAUAUAACAUUUUAUAUUGUCCAUUUAAAUGGGGUGGUCCACUUGUAUAGCUUAGCUAUAUCUUGUGGUCAACAAUGCUUUAGUACUUCUCAGUCCUUUAUAGAGCAGGGAGGAGCGCUGAAUGUGAAUGUAAAGAGAAUUGAUGUACAAUGGAAGGUGACCAUUGCUAGGUGAUUACACAUGGCUAUUUAAUCAUUACAGACUGAUAAAUAAUUCUAAACUAA